AUGAGUACUCGAUGUGACCUUCGAAUAUUUCACACCGUGUUGUACCUUCUCGUGUUCUUAUUCAUCGUCACUACCUGGAUUUUUUUGCUAUCUCGAAUCUCUUACACUUUCUCCUCGACACCAUCGCUCUCUCUUACACACACAUUUCCCCUCUUAUAACAUCACUCUACCACAUCUCAUCACACAUUGGGAAUGCGAGGUGGCAUCUUUCAGAGCCACUCAUAUGCAGUGCUAACCUACUUUCCCUUUCUCAGAUUUUGUUUGUCUUGGGCUUCUCCUUCACUUACGGCACAGUCAACACAUCACCGGGUUCUAUUUUUUGUGUCAUAAUUACAUGCAAAAUUCACAAUGUCGCUCGCGAGCCGCCUUC